AUGUCAAAAGACCUUGACAAAAAAGUAGACACCUUAGCGGAACUAGAAGAGGAGCUGCUCGAAGAAACACCUCUCGAGCCUCAAGAGAUAGUUCAACUGAUACCAUCACUGCGGGAUGCAUUACGGGGUUCUCAGAUCGCAGUUUCUUAUGCGGCACUUGAAUGUCUAAAUCCUUUUGUGUCCUUAAUAGCGGCCACACAUCCGGGUCAGCUAAAGAAUGUAAUAUCGGCUUUUUCUCCGGCUGUGAUUGACAAGCUGGGCGAUGCAAAAGACAAAGUGAGGGAUGUCGCAUUGCAAGUACUAUUAACAAUGUAUAGUUCCGCGUCAACAGCAAAUGACAGCGCCAAUGUUAUGACAACACUAGUAAAGAUAAUCAAAGAAAUGGCUUUUGGACAUAAGCAGUGGAGAGUGAGAGAGCAGAUCCUACAAUGGAUAAUAGUAUGCACGCAACAGAAUGCCGAUGUCUCUCUUAGACAAUGGGUACCAUAUAUGGUAAAAUUAUUAGAGGACUCUUAUGAACCAGUGAGAGAGACCGCUAAAGAUAUGAUAGUGCUUCUUUUCAGUGCUGCUCCUGCGCACGCUAAAUCUGACUUGAAGCGGGAACUCAAAGAACAAUCUAUUCGCGCUGGUAUUGUUGAUUACAUUCUUUCAAAGGUUGCUGGAAAUCAAUCACCAAACGAUAUACAAUAUGAUAGGCCUUUUGAUAAUCAUCAUACGGACGGUGGGUCCGAGUUAACAGAAGAUGAUUAUUCAAAUGGAGUAGUCGAACACGAUGAAGUAUCUAAGCAUAACGAACUCGUGAUGAAACCUGCUAACACGGUUGACAAUGACAUCGGUGUUAUUUAUGUGGAUAGCACCAAAGAAUUAGAACGAGAGUUUCAGAACUUACUCAUACCUUUUCAAGGCAAAGAAUCAGAACAAAAUUGGACAGUUAGAGAAAGAAAUAUUAGUCGAAUGAGAUCAUUGAUCCGGGGAAAUGCCUUUUCUAAUUAUCCUGAGACGUUCAUCAAUGGGCUAAAGUUAUUUGUUGAUGGCUUAGAAAAAUCGCUCAUGAGUUUAAGGACCACUCUCUCCUUGGCUAGUGCCGGUCUUGUAAGAGAUUUAGCAGUACAUCUAGGAUCCGCGAUAGAUCCUUUUGCAGACAAUAUCUUGGCAGACCUUAUAAAAAUGGUUUCUUCUACAAAGAAGAUUGUUUCACAAGCUGCCGCUAAUACUGCGAAUGAUCUCUUGCAACAUGCCUCAUAUCAUCAUCGGCUAGUCACACAGUUGUGGCAUGCAAUGGAGGAGAAAAACAUACAGCUAAGAAGUCAUGCAAUUGUUUUUGUGAGGACCGUGAUAAUAUCACACGGGGAUAGAAGGGAUGCGAUGGAAAGAAGUGGGGGAGCCGAAACUCUUGAAAAGUGUGUAAAAAAGGGACUAACUGAUGCGAAUCCCAAGGUAAGAGAAACCUGUCGGGAGGUAUUCUGGACCUUUUAUGAGGUCUUUCCAGAUAGGGGUGAAAGAAUAAUGAGAAACUUGGAACCGGCUGUUAAGAAGCAAGUUGAACGUGAUCGACCAAAAAACUUACAGCCGAUAUCAUCACCAACGAGUGUAAACCCGGCAAAACGCCCAACCACCCCUUCUCCCAAGCGUCCAACCACUCCCUCCUCCAAGCGUCCAACCACUCCCUCCCCCAAACGUCCGACCACUCCCUCCCCCAAACGUUCAACCACUCCAGGUCCUAAGCGUCCUACAACGCCAGGACUUAAACGACCGACAACUCCAGCGUCGCCGUCAGAAGAGCGUAACAGAAAUUUGAGUACAGGGAGUUCCAACAGAAGGGCAAGUCUCGCCGCCGGAUCAGACAGCAGUGCAAACGAUAACUAUUCAACGCAAGAGAAGAAAAGGGUUAUCAGGGAGCAACCAAAGUCAGCAUCCAAACCUGCGUUACGAUCGAAAUCACCCGCCCCUCCUUCUAUGGCAAGAAGUAAAUCGGAAAACCCUUCAUCUGAAACAAUGUUACGUCCAAAGUCGCCUUUCUCUCCGCAAGGACGACGAGCUUCACAGGUUCCGUCUGUUCCUCGCAAACCGACAAUCAUGGAACAACUGCAGCAUGAAGAAUGGACAGUUCGCGUAGAAGGCAUAAUGAACAUAGCACAGUUGGUUGUGAAGAGAUCUUUGGAUUCACCAUACGGAAAAAAUGGGACCGUUGAUUCCGGAAAAUCCCUUCUCCCGCCCGAUGAUGUGCUGAGUUCGGCAUUAAUCAACGUAUUGAAUGAUCCGAACUUCAAAGUCAUUGGGACCUUUUUCAACGAAAAUGUUUUCAAGGAGUUAUCACAAGUUAUCCAACUUGAACAGAUGAUUCCCAAAGUGUUGCUAAUGGCGAGGGAUGAAGAAAACCCAGAAAGAGCGGCACUAAUAAAUGAAUUCUUUCCCAACAUUAAGGCAUCUAUUAGUUCUGAUAAAUUACUGGCCGUUCUCAAUAAAUGUCUAAUACCAUUAGGGAACUUUGGAAGUGCGCAAAAAAAAUCUACGGGAUUUACAACGCCUCAGAAGCGUAGGAUUUUGAAUGGCAUUCUAAUUUGGCUCAAUGAAAUUGCCUCAACGAAAUUAAGUGAAGCAGAAGAGGGAAACGUUAGAGGUUAUUUAGGGGAGGGUGAUAAGUUUAGAAUGAUCAUUGAUCGUAUAGUUUCCUUCGUUCCAUUAAUUAAGGAGACGUCGGAAAAUUUUGAACCGCUCAGUAAUCUAUUGACCACUUUGCAUAAGCUAAAUGCCGAUCUAUUCGAAUCAAUAUUAUUUGAAUUUGACAAUACGAUAAUUGAGAUCGUGGGAAAUAUAAUCGGAUGGGAAGAAGAGUUGUUGGAGGUUGAAGAGGAAUUUUUAGCCAAGGAGCAAGAGAGGGAAGAGAAAAGGUACCAAUCUGAGGAACAGAGGUUGCUGCUUGAGCAACAAGAGGCAGAGAAAAAAGCAUAUGAAGAAAAAUUGAUUCAAGAACAACAGUUGCAUCUACAGCAAUUACAGCAACAAAAACAAGAACAGAUGGAGAGGAAGAGGAAAGAACGAGAGUUACAACUACAAAGAGAACGCGAAAAAGAGCUAGAAGCUCGGCAGUUACAAGAAAUUGAACGUGAAAAAGAACUGCAGAAACAACGCGAAAUUGAAAUACAACAGAAACUCGAAAUGGAGAAACGUGAACAGGAGUAUGAAGCACAGAUCCGAGAAUACGAGCGUGAAUUGCAGCAGAAACGUGAACAACGUGAACAACGUGAACGUCUAUUGCAACAGCAACGGGAACAGAGGGAACUAUGGGAGAAGGAACAGAGGGAACAAUGGGAACGGGAACAGAAGGAACAAUGGGAGCAGGAACAGAGGGAACAAUGGGAACGAGAACAAGAACAGCAAAAACAAAAGGAACAGUGGGAACGAGAACAAGAGCAGCAAAAACAAAAGGAACAGUGGGAACGAGAGCAAGAGCAGCAAAAACAAAGGGAACAGUGGGAACGAGAACAAGAGCAGCAAAAACAAAAGGAACAAUGGGAGCAGGAACAGAGGGAACUAUGGGAACGAGAACAAGAGCAGCAAAAACAGAGGGAACAGUGGGAACGAGAACAAGAGCGGCAAAAACAAAAGGAACAGUGGGAACGAGAACAAGAGCGGCAAAAACAGAAGGAACAGUGGGAACGAGAACAAGAGCAGCAAAAACAGAAGGAACAGUGGGAACGAGAACAGGAGCAGCAAAAACAGCGUGAACUGGAAUUACGCCAACAGCAAGAAGAACUUGAACUUCAACAGAAACACAAGGAAGAAUUACAAUUACAACGUGAAUUAGAACUCAAACGUGAAAUUCAAUUGAAACGUGAUCAAGAACUUCAACAGAAGCGCGAGCGCGAGACGAAACAAGAAUAUGAGUUAGACAAGCGAUACGAACGUGAAAUAUCCGAAAGGGAAACUCAGUAUUGGGAAAGUGAAGGGGGGAUGGAGAAACAACAUAUGCUGUUACAAAAAUCUUCGAGGCUUCAAAAAAUGGCGUCUCAGCCGUCGCUCAGAAGGAAUCAAUAUAGGAAUUCGAUCGCAAGUAGCAGCGUAGAUGAUUGGAUUAAAAACCAAAGCGUAUCCCAAUUACCACAGAAUGACACUUUUCGAAGUUCAAAAGAGUUUGAUACUACCUGGGAUCAGGAGGGGACGCAAAGAAAAUCCGUGAUCGCGGACUUACAUAUUACAGAAUCACGUGGACUUGACGGCGAAGGUCGGAAGAUGACAACGCCGACCCAAAGGUUACCAAGAGAUUCAGAAUUCGAAGAAAGGAUAAAUAGACUUCGGCAAAAAGAGACUGCCGAGAGUUUCAAUGAACGAGGAGGUCGUUCAUUAUCUCGAAAUAGUAAGGAUUCCGAGUGGUCUCAAAGAGUUUCAAGAGAUUCAUAUAUAAGGGAAUGGAGUGGCAGAAGCCCGCAAUAUUCACCUAGAACCCAUUUGGAAAAUGAAAGGAGCAGAUAUUCUUCACCUAGAGAGUUUGAUGGAAGUGAAAGAGACUCAUCACGAGAUUCAGGGUCUCGAGACAUUAGAUCAUCAAGCAAAGGAAAUGAUUGGGUUAAUCAAGACGUACGUAGACCCAGAGAAAACGAUUGGACCGAAACCGUAGAGAAAGAUCAUUCAAUUGAAAAUUAUGAUGAAGAAGAUGGUAUUAGCGAGAUAGACAUUAAUCAACCAGAGCGAAUAGGAAAUAAAGUGAAACAAGCGCGUAAUGCACCCACGGACACGUUGGUAUCUUUGCCUGCUCUUCCCCGUGGAUAUAAAAUUUCUGAAUUUGAUGAACGAGAUCCAGAGAUGAAAAAUCUUAAAGAGCUUGUGGAGAAACUGGAUGCCGAGGAUAAUGCUUUAUAUGAGGAGGAUCCGCCGGAAAAUUUUGACGAUGGAACCCUACAGAAACCGAUGAGCAUUGUUAUUUCAGAAGAUACCUGGAAACAUCUUGCCAACACUUUAAAUGGUGAUAUUAACCCCUUCUUCAUAAAUCCUGAGGAUCGACAUAAGAACGGCGGGCUUGCAGACCCUACGUUGACUCCCAUACAGGAGGUGGAGAUACCUGAAGUCUUCCAAGCAUCCAAAGAAUCCACAUUUCAAGACAAUAUUGUAUCAAGUAAAUUUAAUAACGACCUUUCCUCAAAACCAUGUGACGAAAGGUUGCCCUUCGGAUCAGCGAGCUAUGCCGCAAAUGAACCGAAUGAUCGUGAUAGUAUCACAUCUUCUCCAAUGGGGACAGAAAUUAGUAAUGAUGUCCCUGCUGCAUCCUCUCCUGAGCGAACAAAAGGGAGGAUGACGGGGGCGCGCGACCGUGCAUUAAUGCCAAAACAUGUUCAAGAGAAACGGUUAAUCCUUAUAACGAAUUUGGCUCGUUUGAAUAGUCGUGACGUAGAUAGUCUUCUUUUCCGUAAUUUAUCUCGAUUAACCGUGGAGACACCGCUCGCCAACAGAGAACUUGCCGAUGACAUUUGGGAGCAAGGAGAACGAUUCGGUGAAUUGAUUACAGCACUAAUAGGUUUUCUGAGUGAUUCUUCUCAGAGAAACGCGGAAUUUAAGGAAAAUGCUUUGAUACUCCUUGGGCAACUGUUAGAAAACCAAUUCGACUAUGCAACUGAUAGGCGCCUUGAAAGGGAUGUAUUGCGCGUCUUAUUAGAGUGUUGCGCUGAUAAAUCUAAUAGUACCUACAUUCAUGCGACAGAAAUCCUCGAAAAUUAUAUUCGAAUCGUCGAUAGCAAUGGGGGUUUAUAUGCGUUGAUUGACAUUAUGGAAUCAAGUCUAUUUGGAAAAACUCAAUCAAGUUCACAGUCGGGCAUGAAACAGGGUGCGUUUUCGGUGUUAAGUUUGUUGGUUAAAAGGUUCGAUCGAAAGUCUUUGGAGAGACAAAUAGGGAGGAUCAUUCCGUUAACCCUUAAGGGAAUCAAUGAUCCUAAAGCGGAGAUAAGAAGGUCCGUUGUAGAUUCACUUGUAGCGGUAUAUUCAGUAAUUGGCGACGAUAAUACCCUAUUCCAAUAUCUUGAUGGCCUUAAUCCUUCACAAUUAAAUCUUCUUAAUUAUUUUUUCAAUAAAAGCCGUAACCAAAGAGAAAGUAUAGCGGCACGGGGAGUGCAAGCAUAA